AUGGUUGAAAAUUAUAGCUUUGGACAAAGUUACUUCCAAAACCUUAGAAACUUUUACCCAAAAGUAGCUGCAAUCAAGUAUGGUUCGCAAUUUAUGCUGCAUUUUGAAGGCAAAACAUAUGAUUGUGUUGUCGAAAUUAUUGGACCUUUCCUAUUUACUAUUUCAAUUGAUAGAAAAUUUGCAAAAAUGUUUUAUAUGCCACAUUAUAUCGUAAGACUCGUUCCUCUGUCGCCUACAAUUGAAUUACUUCCAUUUAAUCCACAUUUACACAAUAAAAUACUCAUCACUUUCUUAAAUGAAGUUCAAAAAACUGUUAUGAGCAACAUAUUAAAUAAAUCAAGGGAUUCUACGAAAUUUUAUCCAGACGAAUCAAUAUCAACUAAAUAUCUACUUAAUGGAUCAGUAAUAAGUCCAGAUAAUCUUACACCAGUACCAGCCAUACUCCAACUAAGCAUACAGCAGAACUUUGGAAAGCUUCUUUUAAAUUAUAAAAGUCAAAAAAAGAUAAAUGGGAAAACAGAGUUUAAUAUUGUCAUAGAUACAUCAAUAAAUACUAUUUGUGAUGAAAGUUGGUUCCCUUCUACUCAAUUUCCUUUUAUAUUUGGCAUUCAUGAAAUUGAAGGCCAAUCUGUCUUUUUUGUAUGCGAAAACAACGAUGACUUCUACACUUCAUUCAUAUUUAUUGAUAAUUUACUAAGAAUUAUGCACAAACCAAUAUUUUUGAACAAAAUUGAACAAAAUCGAUUUGCAGAUCCAUUUCCAAUACCUUCUAUCCGCUGUAUAUGGCCCAAUUCUACUGUUUUUGAGUCAAACAUUAACGUUCCUACAUCAAAAUCUGAAAAAUUUAUUACAAAAUUAAAUUUCAAAGCAAAUAUUGAAGUUCCUGAAGUAGCAACGUCAAGAGUCAAAUUAAUUGAUUAUACAAAACCUAUUAACAGAACAAUUUUCUUUGCAAAUUCCCUAUUUCCGAAAAUUCAACUUCCAUUUCGACUAAAUCUGCCACAAGAUGUUCAAAAAGAAGACAGAAACAAGAUAAUAUCAGAUGAACUACAAAAUGUUAAAGAACAGAUCGAUUUACCUUUAAUUGAUUUUGAUUCUUUAAUUCCUGAAGGAUUAGUUGAAGAUCAGAUGAAAUUACCUAACUAUUGUUACAAAUCAGGUGAAGAACUGUUGAUGGAUUAUAUUAGUUUUCCGAAUAUUGAUGAAAGAAUCAUUGAAAAGUCUAAUUCGUUAAAUCUCCCAGAAAAUAUGGAAAACGAUGGAUUUCCAGAACAGAAAGUUCUUGCUUUUCUUGCUGAGAAAGUUUCAGAAUUAGAUUUUAGUGUUAAAACUAACGAAGAAUUGUUAAAUUGUAUUUUCACAGUUUGUUAUUGUAUUUUGAGGGAAUACGUCAGUGUUAAUUCCAUUUUUGAUUUUGCAACACAUAUUUCAGAAAUUGAUCAACAAUUUUUAUAUUGUAUUCCAUUUGAUGUCAACGAUCGUCUUAAAGUCUUUUAUUCACGAUUGAUUGAGAAGAAACAUCUUUCUAAUUUCCUUUCUUUUUUGUCAUCAUCAUCAGAAUUUCUUAAAAUUACAUAUCAUCCAUUUUCAUUGUUGCAUUCACCAUCAUUCAUCUGCGAAUUCAUUCGAAUCAUCACAAACUUCGAAAAACACGUCUUUUCCAUUCGAUUUGAUUUUAAUGACUUCGAAGAUAUUUCAAUUCCAAACAAUUCUACAAAUUCUAUCUGGCAAUUAUACAAACGAUUGGAAACAAAGAUCUCAUAUAAUAACUAUGACAUGCGUUUAUUUUCAGAAUAUUUCCUUCUUUUGUCCGAUUUUGUUGAUGAUGGUUUUAUUUGUGGGAAUUCAAGCGAAAUGUUUGAUUCGUUUUGUAUUUUCCCACAUCAAGAUAUUGUUGAAAUUGACUCUAAAUAUACCGGUAAAUAUCGAAUUGCGGAAUAUUUUGUCAAAACAACAGUUGAACAUAAAUCACAUGAAUAUUUCUUAGAAAUUGCAUAUAAAUCAAGAGAAAUUCGAUGUUAUCUCCCUAAUUCAUCAAUGACAAAUCUAUUUUCUGUUCUUAUUGUCUCACAAACAUUACUUGGCAUUUCAGAAUUCGAAAUUGACAACCUUGAUAAAUGCUUAGAUUAUUUAUAA